GCCUGUUGCUCAUGACCGUCAAGCAACCACAUUGUAUUCCACAAGACCAGAGUGCCUGACGUGCACUGAUGGAGCAGAGCGGCGGAGGAUGAAAAUAUUUCAUGUUUCCCUUUGGCGCGCAUCCUUCUCAGCGCCUUCAGCAAACUAACGGCUGCUUAGGAUCCCAUUCUUGAGCGCAGGUGGCGGCGUGAUGUUGGCGGGCUGAUCCCCGGGAUGCGAGUGGGCCAGCAAAGAUGACCCUGUUAGCGGGCGACGGCUCCGACUACGACUACAGUGCCCUGAGCUGUGGCUCCGACUCCUCCUUCAACCCGCCUCCCCUGCACGAAGAGGAGCCCCAAAAGGGGGCCUUCUACAAGAGGGCGCAGCGCGCCCCGGAGCUCAGCUCCAUCCACUGCGACACCCUACUGUCCAGCGCCCGUAAGCUCCACGCCAUCAUCAAUGUGGGUGGCCUGCGUUACCAGCUGCCCUGGACCACCUUGGAGGACUUCCCGCUGUCCCGUCUGGGCCAGCUGCACCUGUGCAGCAGCUUCGACGAGAUCAUGGGCGUGUGCGACGACUACGACGUCACCCACAACGAGUUCUUCUUCGACCGCAGCCCCUGCGCCUUCCGCACCAUCCUGACCUUCGUGCGGGCGGGAAAGCUGCGGUCCCUGAGGGAGAUGUGCGCCCUCUCCUUCCGAGAGGAGCUCCUCUACUGGGGGGUCCCAGAGGAGAGCCUGGAGUGGUGCUGCCGCCGGCGUCUGCUGCAGCGCAUGGAGGAGCUCGAGGCCAUGGAGAGGGCGGAGGAGGAAGAGGAGCUCCUGGAGGACCUGCUGGACUCGGACGGCGGACGCAGGGAGCAGGCGGCAGAGUCCAGACUCAAUCGCUGCAUGGGGAAGCUGAGAGACAUGGUGGAGAGGCCUCACUCGGGCCUGCCCGGGAAGAUCUUCGCUUGUCUGUCGGUGAUGUUCGUCACCAUCACCGCGGUCAACCUGUCCAUCAGCACCAUGCCUGCCAUGAGGGAAGAGGAGGAGACGGGCAAAUGCUCCCAGAUGUGCUACAACAUCUUCAUAGUGGAGACCGUGUGUGUGGCCUGGUUCUCCCUGGAGUUCACCCUGCGUUUCAUUCAAGACCGCAGCAAGCUGGCCUUCCUCAGGCAUCCGCUGAACCUGAUAGACGUGGUGGCCAUCCUGCCGUACUACAUCACCCUGGCCGUGGACAGCACCUCCAAAGGAGAGAAGCGCCUGGGCUCCGGCAACAGCUACUUGGACAAGGUGGGGUUGGUGCUGCGCGUCCUGAGAGCCCUGCGCAUCCUCUACGUGAUGCGGCUGGCCCGCCAUUCGUUGGGCCUGCAGACUCUGGGCCUGACGGCGCGCCGCUGCACCCGGGAGUUCGGACUGCUCCUCCUCUUCCUGUGCGUCGCCAUAGCACUGUAUUCCCCUUUGCUCUACCUGAUUGAAAAUGAAAUGGCCGCCACGCAGGAGUUCACCAGCAUCCCCGCAACAUACUGGUGGGCCGUCAUCACCAUGACGACGGUGGGCUACGGGGACAUGGUGCCCAGGAGCAUCCCGGGUCAGGUGGUGGCGCUGAGCAGCAUCUUGAGCGGGAUCCUCCUCAUGGCCUUCCCUGUCACCUCCAUCUUCCACACCUUCUCCCGGUCCUACGUGGAGUUAAAGCAGGACCAGCAGAGGGUGCUGCAGAGGAGGACACACUUCCUGCUGCGGAGCCGCAUGGCCGGCAUGGGCAGCGACCUCUCCUUAGAGAGUGACAUGCUCUUCCCUGUGAGGUCGGCGGACACCAGGAAGAGGGAUGUCUGAGACUGUCUGACAGGGAAGGACUUGCGAACUGGACAAAAAGGAGAAGAAGAAGGAGGUUACAAAAAAGACGGGGGGGAGAGAGGAGACUGACUGAAGUACAGGGUGCCUCUAUCCUGUACUUCAGUCAAAGGAAACAGAGGAGCGGAGAGAUUAGUUUUUAAAAUAACAUGCAAAAGCGAAAAGAGAUUUUAUUUCUUCCCAGAAAUGCAGCUUUGCUGUGUAGCAGUGUACGUGUGGAUGCCAAACACACAGAGAAGAAAAGAAGAUGAGCGGAACGUUCUAAAAGUAUACAUAUUAUUUAAAUAAUAAAGUAUUAAAUAAGUGUUUCCUGCAGAAAAUGUAUGACUCAUUAAACAUUCUAAUUUAAUUUAAUUUAAUAUUGACUGAAAUAUAUUAUAUAGAAAUACUAUAACAUUGUCACAGUAUAUCAAAAUAGAAGUCCAAUAUACAGAACAAAGACCCUGCAUUUAAUUAUAGUGCAAUUGAGCAUAACAAUGAUGUAAUUCCAACAUGUGAAAUGUGCAUUUUAGAAAAUAAAUAGCUGUCCUAAUGAGCAAAAACAUAGUGAUGAUUUUUGAUCUUCGAAUUUUGCAGACGUUUAAAUGGAUUUGUUGUUGUCAUGUGCUGCGAACCAGUGUCAUGUAACAGAAGUCGCUCUCUGUUUUUGUUAAGUCCAAAAGGUUAAAUGAUACAACGUGGUCCUGAGUACACAGUUUUAUUUUGUUAUCAAUCAUAACUCCCCAUCCCCCAGUACUACUGUCAUCAAGAUAUCAAUUGUGAUAUAUGUAUUGUCUGUUUUCUCCACCUUGAUGUUCCACAUGCAAUUUAUGAAUACUUUUGGACAUGGACAUCGUUGCGCUUGUAAUUAUUGCAGUUGCUGACCAUAGCCAUUUUAGUUUUUCUCUCCUUAAAGUGUAUUUAAACGGAAAUCUGUUUCA